AUGGUGAUGCCUCGGACGAUGAAUCCUCGGACAAUGAUGCCAUUUAUGCCUUACUCAAUUGGCUUGACAGUUUUCUGCAUUGCCUUUCUGUCAUUUCUAGCUUUCUGUCCCUUCUUCCAUUCUUUACGUCUCAAACACUCUUCUUAUUCUUCAGUCCUUCUAUCAACCGCUCAAAACCUCAGGUUUACAGGCCUUCAGUACGAAAGCCUGAGUUUACUUCACGCCUUGAAUGAAUCCCAUGUCCAAGCAGCCGUUAUUUGCUCCAAACACUUUGGAAUUCAUAUGAGAAUUCGAAGACGAGGCCAUGACUAUGAGGCGGUCUCGUAUGUAUCAGAAAUUGAAACACCUUUCAUUGUUGUAGACCUUUCCAAGCUUCGAUCCAUAAGCAUCGAUAUUGAUAAUAACAACGCGUGGGUUGAGGCAGGUGCAACAAUUGGUGAAGUCUACUACAGAAUUGCGGAGAAAAGCAAAAUUCAUGCUUUUCCUGCGGGUGCUUGCACGAGCUUAGGCGUUGGUGGGCACAUCACUGGAGGUGCUUAUGGUUUCUUGUUACGAAAAUAUGGUCUUGGUGCUGACAAUGUCCUCGAUGCUAAAAUUGUAGACGCAAGCGGCAGAGUUCUUGACCGAGCAGCCAUGGGUGAAGAUCUAUUUUGGGCAAUUAGGGGAGGCGGAGGAGGAAGCUUUGGAAUUAUCCUUUCAUGGAAGAUAAAAUUGGUUCCUGUGCCAUCAACUGUGACAAUUUUUACAGUUGCAAGGACCCUAGAACAAGGUGCCACGAAGAUCCUCUAUAAAUGGCAACAAGUUGCACAUACGCUUGAUGAGGAUCUCUUUGUUAGAGUUCUCAUACAAGUGGUCAAUGGUGGCGGAAAUGGCAAGAGAACUGUAUCAACCUCAUACAGUGCUCUAUAUCUUGGUGGUGCUGAUAGCCUCCUCCAAAUUUUGCGGGAAAAAUUCCCUGAACUGGGAUUGGCACGGCAAGAUUGCAAUGAAACAACCUGGAUCCAGUCUGUGGUUACUAAUGGCCUUUUCCCAAGUAACUCAACUCCUGAAAUUCUACUUCAACGACAGAAUAUUCUCAGAAACUAUUUCAAAGGAAAAUCAGACUACGUUAAUGAACCCAUUCGUGAAACAGUUCUUGGGGGACUAUGGAAAAGGUUAUUGGAAGAAGAUAACCCAAUAAUGCUAUGGAGUCCGUACGGUGGAAUAAUGAGCAGGAUUUCAGAAUCCGAAACUCCUUUCCCUCACAGAAAGGGUAACAUAUUUGAAAUCGCUUAUUCGUNAAAAUAG